CCAAGCAUCCCAUAUAGCAUUUGCCUUGCAAACAUGGCGGCCUCUCAACAGGAGCAAAACAGCAGGAACGUUCAUGUUGAUACAUCAACAUCUAGUGCACAUCAACAACAAGGAGAGAGGAAAUCAGGAGCUAUAUCUUUUGGUUUUAGCAAAACUGUAAGUAAAUUAAAAUCUAGUCGGGAUGAAGCUAUCAACGCAGAUGAGCGAGAUUAUUUAACCGGAGUCGAUGGGAAAGAAUUGCUAAGUAUCAAGCCUGUGGAGAAGCCGAAGGAGCUGAUCAUUCCACUCAUCCAAAGGAAUCGCUGGUGCAGCAGGCAGGAAAACAGAGCUGGCCAGGGGCACGGUGAUGGAGGGGGGGAUAAGGCCAAAACACAACCCCCCUCUCAGGAGCAGGACUCAGUGGAAUCACAGGCUGUCAAAGAAAUUAUUGAAGAAUCGCAGAGGCAGCUUGACCAGUGGAAAAAUGGGGACCAAGCAGACCCCAACCUCACCAUCCCCCUGCUGAUGCAGAACCAGGCUCCACGUGGGUUUGAGGAUGGAGACCACAUCAAGGUGGACCUGCGACCAGAGUCUUCCACAGAUGCAGACUAUGACAGUGUUCCUGUGGAGGCGUACGGGUUAGCCAUGCUGAAGGGGAUGGGCUGGAAGGCCGGAGAGGGCAUCGGGCGGACCUUCAAACAGGACGUGAAGCCCAUAGAGCACCAGCUGAGGCCGAAGGGUCUGGGUCUGGGAGCUGACCGCUCUGCUAUAAGGGACCUGGAGCCCAGCGGGCCCCGGAGGCCCCCCAAGCCAGGCGAUGAGCAGAAGGAGGAGACCCUGAUCCUGGGGCCUGGAGGCCAUGUGCUGGUGGAGUCUGGAGCACACAAGGACCUGUACGGGAAGAUUGAAGGAGUUGAUCCGGACAAUGCACGAGUAGUGGUCAAGCUUGCGAUUGGUAGCAAGACUGUAACAAUCAGUCAAUAUGCACUGAAACUGGUUGACCGCACAGAAUAUGACAAAAACGGCAAAGACCUCAGUCGCCUCAGCAGGGCCCACAAAGAGAAGGAGAAAGAGAAGGAACGGCAGAGACGGGAGGAGAAAGAGAGGAGUAAUAAGGAAGAGGAGAGGAAGAAAAGUAGAUCUUCUGAGAGGGACAGAGAUGGAGGGAAGGACCAGAGAAAAAGGAAACACCGGGAUUCUAGUCAGGACAGAGAGAAGCCCCAGGCAAAGCUACCUCCUGCUGCCCCCUCCUGGCUCCAGCGAGACCUGAAAGUUCGCUUUGUAGAUAAAGCCUUCAAAGGGGGAAAAUACUACAAUUCAAAGAUGCGAAUAGAGGAUGUCUUGUCGCCAAACAUCUGUGUGUGUCGUACUGAGGAGGGCAGAUUCUUAGAUGAUGUGAAACAGACGAUGCUGGAGACCAUUGUGCCGAAGACUGACUCUGAGGACGUCAUGGUUGUACUCGGCGAACACAGGGGGCAGGUAGGUCGUAUCCUCCAGAGGGACCGAGACAGGAGCAGAGCCAUGGUGCAGCUGGACAGAUAUGAGGAGAAAGUCUUCACCCUGGACUAUGACUCCAUCUGCCAUUACGUAGGAGGAGGAGAUCACUGAUACCCUCCGCUUUUACCAUAUACCUAGUGAUGUAGUGUUAAAAUAUUGGUGGGGGAAUAAAGUAACCCUCCCUAUACGUUCAAUGCAUUUUUCCACAUUAGGUGGGUAAAUGAUUGCUCAAAAUAAAAAGGUGCGUAAAGUGUUCAAGAGCGUUUAUCCUCCACUUCAACACUGAUCUCAACCUGCCCCAAACAUCUUCUUACAGUGGAUAUGUCGUUUUCAUUUUACAAAGUUUAGUCAUAAAAUGCAAGAGUGUGUAUGUACAGUGAGUAACUUUUGUCAGUGUAUCUUUGUAAUAAAAUCAUGUCAACAGCAAA